GCGCGUGUGGUGGAUGGUGGUGUCUCUCUUUUAGAUAUCGGCAUGGGCUGUCGUCUGUCCCUUGUCUUGCCAGUCUGUCCGUCUGUGUUUUUGGGGGGCAGAAUCGUACAGAGUAGAAGGGCUGCGCGUGUGUGCUAUUGUCUGUGCGUGUGUGCGUGUAGAGUGCGCGUAAACUGGAAGUGCGUGUGUAAGAACCGUGCGGGCCGAAGGUGUCUGGUUCUUUGUUCUUGUGCGUGGUGUGUAUCUGGAAAAGUACGAACCGGGAGUACAAGCGCGACAUAUGUCGACGUCUGCCAGAGGUAACGUCGAGGGACAAGAGAAGUAGCGAUGGUGGAAAUCGGGUGAAGAAAAA